AUGGAGCUCAGCGAGAUUGUUGUGACUGAACAUCCCAACAAGAGGGAGCUGUACAAGGAGAUGCCAAGAGCCCAGGACCCGCUGUGGAGAAAUGGAAACUGGAUCCACCAUAGUUUUGGGUAUCUCACAGGAGAAAUGAACGAAUAUGGAGAGUGGAUGAAAAACAAGCCCUUCGUGGUUCAGCUGGUGGACUGGAUUUUGCGAGGGACCUCUCAGGUGAUGUUUGUCAACAACCCUCUCAGCGGGUUGAUCAUUUUAGUGGGGCUUUUCAUCCAGAGCCCCUGGUGGAUGCUCACGGGCUGCACUGGAACCACUGUGUCCACGUUAACUGCACUGGCCCUCAGCCAGGACAGGUCAUCCAUUGCAGCUGGGCUGCACGGCUACAAUGGGAUGCUGGUGGGCCUGCUGAUGGCCGUCUACUCUGACAAAGGGGAUUACUACUGGUGGCUUCUGCCCCCUGUGGCAGUGAUUUCCAUGGCCUGCCCAGUACUGUCCAGUGCUUUGGGAUCCAUCUUCAGCAAAUGGGACAUUCCUGUUUUCACUCUGCCCUUCAACACUGCAGUGACCCUGUACCUGGCAGCCACAGGACACUACAAUCCCUUCUUUCCCACAACCCUCAUCAAACCGGUAGCUGCAGUGCCCAAUAUCACCUGGUCUGACAUCAAUGUGCCCCUGCUCUUACAAUCCAUCCCAGUUGGGAUUGGACAAGUGUAUGGUUGUGGAAACCCCUGGACUGGAGGCAUUUUCCUUGUGGCUCUGCUCAUCUCCUCCCCACUGAUUUGUUUACAUGCUGCAAUUGGAUCAGCCGUGGGGAUGUUUGCAGCUCUGAGCAUUGCAUCCCCGUUUGACAGCAUCUACCUUGGCUUGCACAACUACAACUGUGCCCUGGCCUGCAUUGCCAUCGGGGGCAUGUUCUACGCCCUGACCUGGCAGACACAUUUGCUCUCACUUGCCUGUGCAUUAUUUUGUGCCUACUCCGGAGCAGCUCUUGCUAAUGCCCUCUCUGUGCUUGGGCUGCCAGUGUGCACCUGGCCUUUCUGCCUCUCCGCGCUGCUCUUCCUGCUGAUAACCUCAGAAAACCCAGCCAUCUACAAAAUGCCCCUCUGCAAAGUCACCCACCCAGAAGCCAACCGGAUCUACUACCUGAGAAUGCGGAGAAGGGCCUCGGAGAGCAGGAGGGAAGAGCAGAAGAGAAAGGAGCAGAAACCCUCUGACAACUCAAAAAUUAACACCGGGGGCACCCCACUGUGCACCCCCAAGAGCCGCCACGCUCACUGA